GUGGGAGCGGGCGGCGCGGCCGCAGCUACGGAACGCAGCCCGUCCUGCCGCCUGACAGGGCCCGGCCGCCGCUGCGAUCGGGCGGGGGGCGAGGGCGCUGGCAGCCCCCGCCAGCGACGCGGCCGGAGCGAGACGAGAGGAGGAGCCUCCAGCUGCAGCAAAUGAGCGAGGGCUGCCAGGUUUAUAAAUCUGCUUUUCCUCCCACCCGCUCCGAGCCCCGCUGACUCCGGCGGCAGCGACGGGCCGCCCGCCGGCUGCGGCUCCGCCAGCUGUCAGGAGAGUUUAAAUCGGAUCUCCACGGAGGUGCUGAGUUUGCAAGAAAGGACAUUUUCCUGACGGCUUCCCAGCUCUGGAGUGCGCAGGAGGCUCCGAAGGGUGGCAGCAUCAUUUAUUUCUCUGGCAAACAGAAGAAUGCACUCAGUCACACUUCUCAGCAGCUCUGCAGCCUGGGGAGCGUGUGGGCAGUCUUUGUAUGCAGCAUCCUGGAAAAUGUGCGUUCUCUUGAAAUGAUCUGCUGAAAAGCACGUACUUGUACAGUCGUUCCAGCCUCCCUUGUUGUGUUGCUCUCAAGAGCUGAAAUGUCUGGUUUCUAACACUCUCUGGGGUCUCCAUUUCAUCUGCCAAAGAAACGCUACCUCCUGCAGUUAUCCAGGGAGCCCCGAAGAGCAGGGACACUGAAGAUGGCUCUGUGUGCUUUUUAUGCGGUUUGGGGUUUCUUGCUAGACGUGUCAGUAGCAUUUGGCCCAGUGCCGAGGAUGACUUGGGAACACAAAGAGGUCCAGCUAAUACAUUUUAAUGAAUCAAAAGUGUCAAACUAUUCAACCUUGCUGUUAAAUGAAGACAAAAAUGUUCUAUAUGUAGGAGCCAGGGAUGUGAUCUUUGCCUUAAACGCAGUGAAUAUUGCUGAGAAGCAGAACGAGUUACACUGGAAGGUCACAGAAGAUAAAAGGACUAAAUGUGCAGUUAAGGGCAAAUCAGAACAGACAGAGUGCCGUAAUUAUUUGCGCGUCUUGCAACAGCUGAAUGAUACUUUCCUCUACGUGUGUGGAACUAAUGCAUUUCAGCCAACCUGUGACUACCUGAAUUUAAUUUCAUUUGAACUUGGAGGUAAAAAUGAAGACGGUAAGGGCAGAUGUCCAUUUGAUCCUGCUCACAGCUAUACAUCUGUUAUGGUUGAUGAGGAGCUUUAUUCUGGGACUCCCUAUAAUUUCUUGGGAAGUGAACCUGUUAUUUCACGGCACUUGCAUCGGAGUUCUCUGAGAACAGAAUAUGCAAUACCCUGGCUUAAUGAGCCCAACUUUGUUUUUGCUGAUGUGAUAAGAGCAGAUCCAAACAGCACAGAUGGAGAAGACGACAAGAUAUACUUCUUUUUCACUGAGGUGUCUGUGGAGUAUGAAUUUGUUGGAAAAUUGCUGAUUCCAAGAAUAGCUAGAGUAUGCAAGAGCGACCAAGGAGGAUUAAGGAUCUUGCAGAAGAAAUGGACUUCGUUUCUCAAGGCCAGACUAAUUUGUACCAUCCCUGAUAAGAAUUUAAUUUUCAAUGUUAUCAAUGAUGUUUUUAUUCUUAAAUCUCCGACUUUGAAGGAACCAGUGAUAUAUGGAGUCUUCACCCCACAACUGAAUGAUGUGGGGAUAUCAGCAGUGUGUGCAUACAGUCUGUCUGCUGUAGAAGAGGUUUUCUCAAAAGGAAAAUACAUGCAGAGUGCUACAGUGGAACAGUUUCAUAUAAAGUGGGUACAAUACAACGGGGAAAUUCCAAAUCCUCGACCUGGUGCGUGUAUAAACAAUGAAGCUAGAGCAUCAAACUACAUGAGUUCUCUGAAUUUACCAGACAAAACAUUGCAGUUUGUUAAAGAUCAUCCUCUAAUGGAUGAUUCAGUGACUCCAAUGGGAGACAGACCUCGCCUAGUAAAGCGGGAUGUGAAGUAUACACAGAUUGUAGUUGACAGAGUCAGAGCACUCAAUGGCACCAUCUACGAUGUUAUGUUCAUCGGUACAGAUCGAGGAGCCCUGCACAAAGCUAUCAGCUAUGAAAAUGGAAUGCAUAUUAUUGAAGAAACACAGCUUUUUCCAGAUUUUGAACCAGUCCAAACUCUCUUGCUUUCAUCCAAAACAGGCAGAAGAUACCUCUUUGCUGCUUCAAAUUCUGGUGUGGUGCAGUCUCCAGUGUCAUUUUGUGACAAGUACACCACUUGUGUUGACUGUGUUUUAGCAAGGGAUCCUUAUUGUGCUUGGAAACCUCUUGAAGCUUCCUGCAUUGAUAUUUUUAAAGAAAGUGAAAUGGGAAGGAACUGGAUUCAAAACAUAGGUGGAGAUGCAUCUUCUUGUUCUGCCUCAUCUCCCAUACCUUUCCCUCCUACUGGUACCUCCUUUUUGUCCUGUGUGGGAAGUGAUUCACCUCCUUCACCCACCAGUACCCAGCCUGAUGUUUGGUCUAGCAAAGACCCUGUAAAGGUCAUGUUGUUGCCACCUUUCCUAAGUGACCAGGCACAGCAUGUUAGUGUCCGGGGACGCUUCCACCUCUUCUGCCAAGCCACAGGUCCAGAUAACUCCUACUUUGUCUGGAGGAAGAAUGGACAAAAAAUAAAGGCAUGCAUCACGGAGCAAUCUCACCUGCUGCUUGAUGGCAGAGUGCAUGUUCUCAGCUGGGUGAAAGAUUCAGUAUCAGAGAACACAGAAUACAGAUGUUCAUUCAUCUCAAAAGUUGGGAACGUAACGUCAGAAGUGCUGAUCACAGUGGAAGAUAAAGACAGUUCUGGUCAGGAUGCAUGGACCAAAGAAUUUGAUACCUGGAGAAAUGCCAUCAGUGAACAUGACAAGAUGAUGCAAACCUGGAGGAAAACAUGGGAGACCUGCAACAAGAGAAACAGCCUCUAAUGGACAAAGGAAUUAACAGGCUAGAAGGAGAAAUACAUGCAAGUUAAGAGUACCUGUUACUAUUAUAGCAUUUGGAGAUGUCUUUGCAAGUGUUAGUACUGAAAUUAAAACUGAUAUUCAGGAGAAUCAUAUCAACCAUGAAGUGGAAGGGGAUAUUCUUACUGCACCAAAGAAUAACUAAGCUAAGUUACAUGGUACAAGAGAGGCCACCCAUCCCAUGCUGCAACUAUCUCUGGUUUUCUGAUGUCAGCUAUUUCAGCUUAAUAAAGAACAAAAGUAGUCUCAGCAAGAUUUGUACUGUUCAAAUAAUGUAAUAUGUUUUCUGUUUUGAGUUCAUUAAACCAACCAGAUAUUUUUGGGCUUGAGGAUCUUGGCAUAAGAUUUAGAAAUCAGGACGUGGAUCACAUUUAUUUAAAGGCAUUUCAACUUGUAGUUAUUUUGCUUUUACUGUGUUUACCCUUAUGUUGCCAGUGUUUUGAAGAGCAUUCCUUUCUAGUGUCAGCAAGCUCAUUUGUUCAAACACAUUUCUUUUGGUUAUUGUGCUGGGUUUUACUUAAUUUUCUUCACAGUGGUUGGUAUGAGAUUGUUUUGGAUUUGUUCUGAACAUAAGGCUGAUAAUGGAGAGAUGUUUUUGUUAUUGCUGAGUGGGGCUUGCACAGAGCCAAGGCCUUUUCUGCUUUCUGCACUGCCAUGAUGGCAAGGACAUUGGGAGUGCAUGGGAGGUUGGGAAGAGACACAGCCAGGACAGGUGACCGAAACUGACUAAAGGGAUAUUCCCAACACGGCAUCAUGCACAGGAUAUAAAGGCAGGGGGGCACGUAUGGAGUGCUGUCAUUUGUAUUCCCAAGUAACCAUUAUGUGUGAUGAGCCCUGCUCUCCUGGAGAUUGCUGAACACCUGCCUGCCCAUGGGAAGCACUGAAUCAAUUAUUUGUUUCGUUCUGCCUGUGUGCAUGGCUUUUGCUUUUCCUAUUCAGCUGUCAUCAUCUCAACCAAUGGUUUUCUGGAUUUUACCCUUCCAGUUUUCUCCCACUGUGAGAGGCUGGGUGGUGCUUGCUGGGCUUAAACCAUGACAGUAAUAAAGUUCCUAUACCAAAUAAAGAAGUUCUGACUAAUGCUUAAAAUACAGAUAGAUUACAAAGUAUGCAAGACUUUAGUUUUUGCAAAUUCUUCUCUGUAUUUCAGAUAAUGUAGCUUAAAAAUUCUAUGCUAAAUGAAUUCAAAGACCACUCCUUAUGAUGAUCAAGUGUGAUAAUCAGCCUGAAAAUACGAGGAGCUACACUAUCCACAGUAAAAGUGCUCUACUGCAUUACUGCUCAGAAUUUUGUCCUUCUGCAUCUAAGAAACAAAAGUCUCAUGUAUAAAUUAAAUUUUCUCUAUUAUCUGCUUAAUAGAUUUCAACAAUCUAGAAGCAAGUAAGAUGCUCUCCUAACUGCUAAGAUUUAAAUUAGAGUGUUUCUGACAUUAAAAAGAGCACUCUUCUCUAAGACUUGAAUACUAAGACUUGAAUGAUCCUUUUUUUUCAGUAUCAGAUCAUCUUGUCACACAUGCAGAGUGAAAACUCAUUUUUUUCCUACUUUUCUUAACCAUUUCCCCUGUUUUUCACAUAGGCAUUUCAUUAAUGCUGAUGCUAACUUCUGACACCACCAGAGAUAAUUUUUUCUCAUUUGCUCUCAUAAUUUUUUUCUUCUCAGGACAACUAUAACUGUAACUAUAACUAUAAUUGUUUCUCCUCCAUUUGUUCAACUGAUUUGGAGCACACUUAGUUAUGUGCUCCGAAGUUUAGUUCUGUGGAGUUGAGUGGGAAUGUAAAGUAAGAAAGGGGUCAAGGUUAUGGAUGAGGUAGCUAAGCUUUGCUUUGUUUCUACAGGAAAUUACUGCAAAUAGUAAAAAGUUGCCAAAUAUUUGUUUAGUUCAAUUUUAUGGGGAGGAAAAAAAAAAAGGAAAAUCUGUGUACCAGCAUUAGUAACCAUGGAUGUGACACCUUAUUGUAAUUUUUUUUAUAUUCUCUAAGAACUAGAAAUAAAUCCCUAAGAUUGUGAACAA